ACGCAGGGCGGGCGGGACGUGCCCGCGCCGCUCGCUCCCCGCCAUGCGCCCCCGCGGAGCCCCGCGCUCCGCCCGCUGAGCUGCCUUCGGGGGAAGGAGACGGCGGGGGGGAGUGGGGGGUGCGGGGGCCGCCCCCUCCCCGCUCCCCCCGCAACUUGGAACGAUGAUCACAGUCAACGCGGAUGGGAAGAUAAUGGUCAGAAGAUGCCUCGUCACCUUGAGACCCUUUAGGAUAUUCGUGCUGGGCAUUGGAUUUUUCACCCUGUGCUUCCUAAUGACAUCGCUGGGAGGGCAAUUCUCAGCCAAGCGCCUGGGGGACUCGCCCUUCACCAUCCGGACUGAAGUGAUGGGUGCGCUGGAGUCCCGAGGGGUGCUGCGGCGCAUGAGCGACAUGCUGGAGCUGCUGAUGAAGAGGAUGGACAUCUUGGCCAGGCUGGAGAAUACCACUGAGUUCCACAAAGGGGAUGAAGCACGAUUCCCUCUGGACAGGUUCCAGCCAGCAGCUGGGUUGAUGGAGAGGAUUCAGGCUAUAGCUCAGAACGUUUCAGACAUUGCAAUAAAAGUGGAUCAGAUUCUCCGGAACAGCCUCUUGAAUGGGAAAGUGAUGGAAGGCAGGAGGGACCAGUGCGAGGUGCCCAGAGACCCCAAGUACCCUGACUGUGCUGGGAAGGUGGAGUGGAUGAGGGCCAGGUGGACCUCUGACCCCUGCUAUGCGUUCUUUGGCGUGGAUGGCACCGAGUGCUCGUUCCUCAUCUACCUCAGCGAAGUCGAGUGGUUCUGCCCUCCCCUGCCCUGGCGAAACCGGACGGCAGCUCUGCCCUCUGCCCCACCCCUGCCCCGGGCACAGGCAGCUUUCCAGAGUGACCUGGCUCACCUCCUGGAGCUGAUUGGCACAGGCAAGGAGUCCCUCAGCUUCAUGAAGAAGAGGAUCCGUCACCUGGCCCAGCAGUGGCUGCGGGCGACUCGGCGCCUCGAGCAGAAGCUGAAGGGUCGACAAAGGGACCAGAAACACAUCUUGGUCCAUAUCGGCUUCCUGACGGAGGAGUCGGGGGAUGUUUUCAGCCCACGGGUGCUGAAGGGAGGCCCACUGGGGGAGAUGGUGCAGUGGGCUGACAUCCUGGCUGCCCUCUUCCUCCUGGGACACAGCCUGAGGGUGACAGUCUCCCUGAAGGAGCUGCAGAGGUGGGUGCUGCGUUGCUACAGUCACUUAGGGGUGCCUCCAGGACGGGGAAACUGCCCCUUGACCAAUCCUUUGCCUUUUGACCUGAUUUACACCGACUACCAUGGUCUCCAACAGAUGAAGCAGCACAUGGGGCUCUCCUUUAAGAAGUACAGGUGCCGUGUGAGGGUCAUUGACACGUUUGGGACGGAGCCAGCCUAUAACCACGAGGAAUACGCCACGCUGCGAGGCUACCGCACCAACUGGGGCUACUGGAACCUCCAGCCCACCCAGUUCAUGACCAUGUUCCCUCACACUCCUGACAACUCCUUCAUGGGCUUUGUGUCAGAGGAGCUCAACAAGACAGAGAGACAAUUCAUCAAGUCCAACAAAGUGAGCAGCAUGGCAGUGGUGUAUGGGAAGGAGGCCAGCAUCUGGAAGGGCAAGGAGAAGUUCCUGGCCAUCCUCAACAAGUACAUGGAGAUCCAUGGCACAGUUUAUUACGAGACACAGAGGCCGCCCGAGGUGCCGGCCUUCGUGAAGAACCACGGGCUGCUGCCACAGCACGAGUUCCAGCAGCUGCUGAGGAAGGCCAAGCUCUUCAUUGGCUUUGGGUUCCCCUACGAGGGUCCUGCCCCGCUGGAGGCCAUCGCCAACGGCUGCGUGUUCCUGCAGGCGCGCUUCGACCCGCCCCACAGCUCCCUCAACCACGAGUUCUUCCGUGGGAAGCCCACGUCGAGAGAGGUCUCCUCCCAGCACCCAUAUGCUGAAGACUUCAUUGGGAAGCCACAUGUGUGGACUGUGGACUACAAUAACUCCGAAGAGUUUGAAGCUGCUAUCAAAACCAUCGUGAGGACCCAGGUGGACCCUUACCUGCCUUACGAGUACACCUGCGAGGGGAUGCUGGAGCGGAUCCACGCCUACAUUCAGCACCAGGCUGGGCGUCAGCUGCGACAGCACCGAGCUGGAGAUGAACCACCUGUACCCAGCCGUGGCCAGCCCUGCCCGCGAGUGCUACCUCCAGAAGGAGCCGCUGCUCUUCAGCUGCGCCGGCCACCACCCCAAGUACCGGCGCCUCUGCCCCUGCCGCGACUACCGCCAGGGCCAGGUGGCUCUGUGCAGGGACUGCUUGUGACAUGGCCCCUCUGUUCCCUCCUCUCUCUCUGUGACACACCACGAGGGGCUUUUCUGUCGAGGGGCGCCCGAGCUGGGGCCGAUGGACUCUCCGGGGGUUGUGUCUCUGGGAACGGCCACGUCCUCACCUUUGGUUUCCUUUUCCUCCUCGAGGAGCAUCGUCCACAUCCAAACCCACCUGGACCUGGUGGCACUGGGGUGGGGUGGUGGGGAGAGGGGGGCUGGGGAUGCUCCCUCCCCUGGCAAUGGGACAAGCCACCAGCAGACUGCAGCUUCAGGGUUUUCAUCCUUUUUUCCAGCAUCCCAGGUUGUUUUAUUUAUUGAUGAUUAUUUUUUCUGUGGAUCCCUCCCCCCUGACAAGUGGUAAAUU